GACUAUUGAGAAGGAAGUCAGUUCUGUUGCCGAAAAUCAGUCUGAAAAUAAUCCAUCGAUGGCGAUGCCUACAGCAAAUCCAUCUCAAACUAUUGAUUUGGACAAACAUGAAGAUGGUAAUGUUCAAAAGAAAAAGAAAAGGAAAGUUGGAGAAGUUGGUGAUUCUAAUGCUAAUGAUUCUAAUGAUGGAGAUUCAGGUAAACAAAAACCUUGUAGGCCUAAAUCUUGGGUUUGGGAUCAUUUUACAAGAGACACUUCGGGUACUCGUGCUAAGUGUAAUUGGUGUACGAAGUCGUAUGCUGCUGAUUCACACAAAAAUGGAACCACCAAUUUAAAUAACCAUUUGUUGCAUCAAUGUAAAAGAAAUCCCAAGAGUGUUCUUGAUCCUACUCAAACCACUCUUAGCCUUCAAGAAGGCGGUAAAGCAACUAGUAAUAAUACACUUGUUGGUAUCCAUUUUGAUGUUGAAUUAUGUAGACAAGCUUUAGCUAGAAUGAUAAUUGUGGAUGAGUUGCCUUUUUCGUUUGUUGAAAAUGAAGGAUUUCGUUAUUUUAUGAGUGUUACACAACCUAGGCUCCCACUUCCGGGAAGGAUUUCAAUUGCUAGGGAUUGUUUGAGUCUUUACAUGAGUGAAAAACAUAAGUUUAGAGACUUGUUUACUAAAACAAAUCAAAGUGUCUGUCUAACAACUGAUACUUGGACUUCCGUGCAAAAUAUUAAUUAUAUGGUUCUUACUGCGCAUUUCAUUGAUCAAGACUGGAAGUUGCGUAAAAGAAUUCUCAAUUUUUGUCCAAUAACAUCUCAUAAGGGAGAGAUAAUUGGGAAAAAGAUUGAAAAGUGUUUGGAGGGCUGGAUGAUAGAUAAGGUUUUCACCAUCACAGUUGAUAAUGCUGCUUCAAAUAAUGUUGCUAUCUCUUACCUAAAAAAUAGAAUGGAGGAUUGGAAUUCACAUCCAUUAAAAGGAGAGCAUUUACACGUCAGAUGUUGUGCCCACAUUCUUAACCUUGUUGUCAAUGAUAGGUUAAAGUUGAAGAAAAUGCAUUCUUCAAUUUCCAAAAUUAGGAGUGCGGUUCGAUAUAUUCGUCAGUCACCUGGCCAUUUAGAUAGGUUUAGGACAUGUAUUAAAGAAGUAAGGAUACAAGACAAGUCUACAGUGCAAUAUGAUUGUCCCACUAGGUGGAACUCCACAUACCUUAUGCUUGAAAGCGCAUUGAAGUUUCAAAAGGCCUUUAAAAUAUUAGGUGAGAAGUGUGUUGAGUAUGCGAUGUUGGAAGGUGGUAUCCCAAAUAAUGAGGAUUGGGAUAAUGCCAAGUGUUUUGUGAAAUUUUUGAAGUUGUUUUUUGAAAUCACUACAAAGGUGUCAGGUUCAACUUAUGUAACAUCUUCUACAUAUUUCAUGGAACAUUGUACGAUAUUGGGGGCAUUGAAGACUUGGACGGAAUAUCAUAAAGAUGACCCAUUACUUACAAAUAUGGCUAAUGCUAUGAACGACAAAUAUAAUAAGUAUUGGGGGGAUGUCAUAAAGAUGAAUAAGCUAGUCUUUAUUGCUGUCAUUUUUGAUCCUCGGCGUAAGUUCCAGUUUAUUCGGUGGGGAUUGGAUAAGUUUUAUGAUAAGGAAGUUGCUGAUUCUCUAUGUGAUAAGGUGAGGCAAACAUUAAACAAAAUGUUUGAAAGCUAUAGUCUUUUCUUAAGUAAAGGCCAAGUCGAAAGUGAUGCACAAGAAAUAGAGCUAUCAGAAUUUGUUACAUCUUCUGAUCAUAUGGAUGACCAAUUUGAGAAGGACAUGGACCAAGAUUCAAAUUUAAAUAAAAAUGAAGUGGAUUUGUAUCUCAUGGAGACGAGGGAGAAGAAAAGUCAAGAUUUUGACAUCUUGAAUUGGUGGAAGGUAAAUUCCACCAAAUACCCUACUCUUGGUAUAAUGGCUAGAGAUAUCUUGGCUAUGCCAAUAUCUACUGUUGCUUCGGAGUCUGCUUUUAGCACCGGGGGUAGAGUUCUUAGUUGUUAUAGGAGCUCUCUUACACCAAACACUGUUGAAGCUUUGAUAUGUGCACAAAAUUGGUUAAGAUCUUCCCCUUUGAAAGUGGAUAUUGAAGAGCACUUGGAAGACUUGGAGAAGCUCGAACAAGGAUAUGAUGUAUACCUAGUAGGAGGUUGUGUACGUGAUCUUGUUCUAAAGAAAACACCAAAGGACUUUGAUAUUAUAACUUCAGCCGAGCUAAAAGAGUAUACUUCUUUGUCUUCUUUGUCUUUUGUUUCUAGUCCUAAAACUUCAAGUGAAGCAUUAUCUCAUCCUGAGUGGAGGCAAUCAAUGAUUGAUGAAAUGUGUACUCUUCAAAGCAGUGGUACCUGGGAACUGGUUCCUCUACCCUAUGAGAAAUAUUUAGUAGGUUGUUGUUGGCUUUAUACAGUGAAGGUUGUUCCAGAUGCCAAGACGACAUCUGUUAGACUUCUUCUAGCCAUUACAGCCAUUCGACAUUGGCCUCUUCAUAAACUUGACAUCAAAAAUGCAUUUUUACACGGUGAUCUUGAAGAGGAGGUAUAUAUGGAGCAACCACCUGUAUUUGUUGCUCAGAAGGAGUCAUCGAAUAUGGCGUGUAGGUUACACAGGUCAUUUUAUGGUCUUAAGCAAUCUCUGAGAGCUUGGUUCGGCAGAUUCAUCACUGUAGUACAACAGUUUGGUAUGGUCCGUAGUGAAGCUGACCAUUCUGUUUUUUAUCGUCACUCAACCCAAUGGUGUAUUUAUCUUAUUGUGUGUGUAGAUGAUAUUGUCAUAACUGAUAGUGAUCAGCAGGGUAUACUCCAAUUAAAGCAACAUCUCUCAAAUCAAUUUCAGACAAAAGAUCUUGGUAAACUUCGUUAUUUCUUGGGCAUUGAGGUAGCCCAAUCUAAAGAUGGUUUGUUGAUUUCUCAUCGGAAAUAUGCUAUGGAUAUUUUGGAAGAAACAAGUUUAUUGAAUGCUAAACCAGCUGAUACUCAUAUGGAUCUAGGUGUUAAACUACUACCUAAUCAGGGGAUCCUCUAUCUGACUCAGGAAGGUAUAAAAGAUUGGUUGGAAAGUUGA